AUGAAAUUUUCAAUUGCUACUUUUACACUACUAAUAUUAUACUUUGUUAAUCCCGGCAAAUUGGACAAACCAUGUGCCGCGCGACAGAUUAGCGAACGCUCUGUUGUCUGCGUUUGCAACUCAACUUAUUGCGAUGAAGUCAUCAGACAUACACCCGCUAAGAAUCGUUUCAUUGCCUAUACGACAUCAAAGGCUGGCUCACGGUUUCGGAAGAUUGAAGGAUCAUUUCAACCUAUGAAUUUGCAGCUGGAAUGCUGUAAGACAACACUAAGCGUAGAUCCGAGGGAAAAGCAUCAAACGGUUGAAGGGUUCGGUGGCGCUGUCACCGACGCGGCUGCGAUCAACUGGAAAAGCAUGCCCGAAGAAUUGCAGCAGUAUUUGAUCGAUUCAUACUUCAGUGUCAAGGGUUUAGAGUACAACAUGUUGCGCGUACCCAUUGGUGGUAGUGACUUCUCAACACAUCCCUAUGCUUAUAAUGAGCUGCCCGAAAACGAUUACAAACUGUCAAAUUACACGCUUACAACCGAGGAUUACAAAUACAAAAUACCCAUGAUUGAAGCAAUAAAUAAAGUGGCCACGUCUCCUGUGCACAUCGUGGCCACAACGUGGUCACCACCCGUUUGGAUGAAGACAAACAACAUGUUUUCUGGCUUUGGUAGGCUCAAGCAGGAGUUUUUCGACGCGUACGCUUUAUAUCAUUACAAAUUUAUAGAAAAGUACGAAGAAGCAGGAUUAAAGGUAUGGGCGAUUACAACAACCAACGAACCAAUUGAUGGUUAUUUUGGAAUAGCCUCAUUCAAUACACUCGGGUGGAGCAUAGAGAAAAUGGGCGAAUGGAUCGUCAAUAAUUUGGGGCCCACUAUUCGUAAUUCCAAGUACAGCAAUGUUAAGAUUCUUGCCGGGGACGACCAACGGUUCACCAUACCAUUUUGGUUCAACGUGAUGCUUCAAAAGAACCCCAAGGCAUUGGAAUACGUAGACGGUGUGGGCGUUCACUACUACGCGGAUAGAUUUGUACCACCAGCUGUUUUAUACACUGUCUCUAAGACUCAUCCCGACAAAUUCAUAUUGGCCACGGAAGCAUGUGAAGGCAGUUUCCCGUGGCAAGAAAAAGUGGAGCUUGGCUCGUGGACCAGAGCAGUCAGAUAUAUGGAAGACAUUUUAGAGGACCUCAAUUACAACGUGGUCGGUUGGAUCGACUGGAAUCUGUGCUUGGACACGCGAGGCGGUCCAAACUGGGCUAACAACUUCGCAGACUCGGCCGUCAUAGUGAACAAGACCGAAUUUUACAAGCAGCCCAUGUUCUACGCCGUGGGACAUUUCUCCAAAUUCAUCAAACGCGGCUCUGUGCGGAUCUCCGUUAGCGAGAAGAAGUCGUUUUUUACUAGUUCCGUCAGUAGCGUUGCCUUUCAGAAUCCCGAAGGCUCCAUAGUCCUUGUCUUGUUUAAUGGGGGAGAAAAGAAAAGUGUUGGGGUGAAAUGUGGUAAAUACCAAGCGACAUUGGAUCUAGAAGCAGACUCCUUCACUACAAUGGAAUUCUUCUGCGAUGUA